AUGAUCAGGGCCAUCUUCUACAGCAAGUUCGACACGCAGGAAGGGCCCAAGGUCGUCCACCAAGUCCCCGAUGGCGCCAUUGUCCCCUCCGCGACCGCCCCCUCACAGCCCCUCUUCCUGACCUUCUCUGACAUCUCCUUCUUCGUGAUCCCCCGGCAAGAGCUCUGCGGUAACCUGAUUCAGGUCUGCACCAAUGGAUAUCGCAUCCUGGGCUAUCCGAUCUGCAUGAAGUCCCUUCGGUAUGACCGGAACGAGUUCAUCUUUAACUUCUGCGUGGUGCUUUCCGAGGAGGAGGAUUUCAGCACCUACAAGAGCGUCGUUCAGAAGCUAGCGGAUCUGAUGCACGGAUUGGAGGAGCAAAAUGGGUUCCUGUCCAGGGAUCACUCCAAAUCGGGUGAAGGGAAGGUCUACAGUCUGUGUGAGACGCUGAUGGAAGAUUUGAAUAACUACUGCGAGUGCAUGAUCCCAAUCGAUGAGCUGAACACCCUGAACAUCAAGCUGUUUCCUGUCUAUCCGGCCCCUCCGCCCGUCAAGGCAUGGCAUGUGCCUCUCUUCACAGUCCGAUACCAGACCUUCAUGGAUGAGAACUGGGAUCUGACCAUGCAACGGAUCGUCCCCCACAUCAAUGGCGUCAAUAGCGUCCGCAUCAUCUCCAUCCUCGCUGACACCGACUUCUCCCUAACGUGCCGUGCCAUCCGUCAUCUUCUUUACUAUGGCUGCCUGUUCCUCCUCGACAUCUUCUCCUUCUCAGCCAUCUACGCCCCAACCGCCCAGUUCAGCUCCACAAUCGCAACAGAUGAAGAUAUGCAGCAGGAGUGCGCCCGCUACGUCAACACCAUCUUCGCCUCUCCAAUCAGCGCCGCGUCCGCUGCCCUCGCCCCGGGCUACCCCCCGCAUUACGACCCCGACGCCGUCUGGCCACCAGUCGGCGACCCCUUCACCACCAGCAGCACCAGUGAAAUCACCAUUCCCAGCCGAAGCCCCAGUCGAACUCCUAGCCCGAGUCCCAGCGCCGCCACCAUCCCAUCCAGCAGUCGAACCACAUCCCCGGCCCCAGCAACUGCCACAGACGACGAUGCCACCGCAACCACCACCCACCCCACGGAACUUCAGCUCGUCGAUGGCGUCGGCAUCGUGGAACUCUACGCCAGCCUCAAACAAGGCCAGAGCAUCAAACAAUGGUACCUCCAACACAGCCGCAAACUAGCCCAUAUCGAUAUCCGCCGCUUCAUCACCUUUGGCAUAAUCAAAGGAUUCCUUUACCGCGUGCACAAAUACGCCUACGCGACUGGUAAUCCAGCCCCGCCUCUGAAAUCCUCCCACUAUCACCACGCCUCAACCACAUUCCACUCUCCCAGCGGGCCGUCAUCACGCGGCCCAGGCACGGGCGCGAACAGCCCCUACGCAUCCAGUGCGGGAGACGAUCCUGCACCGAUUGUGCAGCACGAGGGAACAGGCCUUCCAACGUCUGUGUACAGCGGAAGUCGACCCGCCACGAUUGUCACAAUUGAGGGCGAGGAAGAGGAAGAUGAUAUUGAUGACAAGACAUUGUCCAAGUAUCUCGACGGAAUGCAUUGUUUCGAUCAGAUCUGCACAGAAUUAGAGAUCAGUGAGCGGGAGCUAACGAUAAGGCUGAAGAGGUUCCCGGGGGAGGUGUUGAUAUUACAUCGAUGA